AUACGACAUAAGCUUAACCAAGUGACGUUUGACGUCAUUGUGGUGCUCGGGCCGGUAACUGUCAUCAGAGGCAUGAAAGGACGUGACAUGAGCUAAAUUUUCCACUGGUCACCUUUCCGGGCGUCGGAGUUCGUCGCCACCGUUCGGGGUUUCGGGGUUUCUAUGAGCAGUCUGAGCGGCGCGCGGAGCUCUCACUUUGGACCGAGCUGUAGCUAGCUAGCUAACCGAGGAGGAGCUAGCCCGAGAGAGCCGAUCGAAAGCCACGGAUUCACACUCAAAGCAUGGCGUUAAUCCUGUUUACGAGAACCCGGGCGCCGUUAAUGAAAACGUCUCGAUCAUUGAAUAACGAAUUUCGGAAACGUAAAGGGAAACUGCAGGAUGGAGCCUGCAUCAGCUGCACAACUCUCAGACUUGCUGGAGAAAAGUUUGACAGCUUCCGACUUGGCAGCAUAACCCAGGUCCCCACAUUCUCCGCCCCCCUGGCCCGGGCAGGCGACCAUCUGGGACCCUUUGAGAGUGCCGACCCUCAGCUGCUUGACUGUGCUUUUGUUGUUGGGCCUUUACCGUCCAUCACUUCCACCAGCAAGUGGACAAUAGCACAUCUACAGGACGUUCCUGGUGUCAGAUGGAUACACUCCUCCAGCAGAAGAUGGGACGACUCCAAAGUGGAAAAAUCCCUGCGUUCGUUAAAAGACAAGAAAAAGAAGCUGGAGGAAGGAGGGCCGGUUUACAGUCCAAGUCUAGACGCAGAACCGAUCCGAAAGACAAUCCGGCAGAGAGUCAUGGAUGAAAUCAAGCACUACUACCACGGCUUCAAGCUGCUGUGGAUUGACACCACCAUCGCGGGGCGGAUGCUGUGGAGGGUCCUGAACGGACACCCUCUGUCCCGCCGUGAGAGGAGACAGUUCCUGAGAACCUGCGCGGACGUCUUCAGGCUGCUUCCUUUCCUGGUCUUCAUCAUCGUUCCCUUCAUGGAGUUUCUUCUUCCCGUCGCCCUGAAGCUUUUCCCCAACAUGCUGCCGUCCACCUUCGAGACACAGUCAAAGAAGGAGGAGCGGCUGAAGAAGGAGCUGAGGGUCAAACUGGAGAUGGCCAAGUUCUUGCAGGACACCAUAGAGGAGAUUGCCCUGAGGAACAAGGCUGCUAAAGGCAACGUGACGGAGGAGUUCUCCACCUUCUUCCAGAAGAUCCGUGACUCUGGCGAGCGUCCCAGUAACGAACAGAUCAUAAAGUUCUCCAAGCUGUUCGAAGAUGAGCUGACCCUGGACAACCUGACCAGACCUCAGCUGGUGGCUCUGUGCCGGCUGCUGGAGCUCCAGUCCAUCGGAACCAACAAUUUCCUCCGCUUCCAGCUCAUCAUGAAGCUCAGGGCCAUCCGUGCAGAUGACAAGCUGAUAGCGGAGGAGGGAGUGGAGAGCCUGAACGUCAACGAGGUGCAGGCGGCUUGUCGUGUCCGAGGGAUGAGGUCUCUGGGAGUCACAGAGGAGCGCCUCAGGGAGCAGCUCGUGCAGUGGCUGGAGCUGCAUCUGAACCAGCAGAUCCCCACCUCCCUGCUCCUGCUGUCUCGAGCCAUGUACCUGCCUGACACGCUGUCUCCUGCUGACCAGCUGAAAACCACCCUGCAGACCCUUCCUGAGAUGGUGACCAAAGAAGCACAGCUGAAGGUGGCAGAGAUGGAGCUUUCCAAAGUGGACAACAAGACCAAACUGGAGACGAUGCUGCAGGAGGAGGCUGCCAUACGCCAGGACACCAAGGACCGCGAGAUGGAGAGGCUGGCUGACGCUGCCGAGAAAGCUGCCAGGGAGGAGGGAGAGUUGGAGCUGGCGGCGAGCAGGAUGAGACAGGAGGCAGAGAAGGCGUCCCUGAACAGAGCAUCCCAUUCAGAGACACUGCGGGACUCAGCUCCUGUCAUGGAAGGGAUGAAGGAUGAAGAGAUCACGAAAGAAGAGAUCGAUCUGCUGAGUGAUGCCUGCUCCAAGCUGAAGGAGCAGAAGAGACUCUUGACGCUGGAGAAGGAGGAGCUGGAGGAUCUGAAGGACGACGUUCAGGAAUACAAUGAGGAUCUGGAGGAGAUAAAGAAAGAGUUUUCUAAGAGCGGCCAGGAGAAGGCCAUAGAAGAGUCCAAGGCCAGCAAGCGUCUGUCCAAGAGAGUCACCCGCAUGAUCGGACGCAUCGACAAGAUCAUCACCGAGCUGGAGAAUGACAAGGUCAUCCUGGACGGACAGGUGGACAGCGGAGCCACCCCGCCUGUGGGAUUAUUCCUAACAAAAUAUAGUGAUGCCACAAGUCUGUUCUACACCUUCAGGGAGAACCUGAUCAGCAUCAACGAGCUCAUCAACGUCAUGCGGCAAAUCCAGAACAUCCCGGAGGACAAGCUGCUGCGGAUCGCCGAGGCGCUGGAUGACAACAAAGACGGGAAGAUCGACAUCGACGACGUGAUCAAAGUGGUGGAGCUGAUCGACAAAGAGGACAUCGACAUCUCCACCUCGCAGGUCGCUGACAUCAUGGUGAUGCUGCAGAAGGAGGAGAAGCUGGUGGAGAAGGAGAAGGCCAAAGACAAGGCUGAGAAGGAGCAGGCGGCCACACGCAACAGCUAACUCCGCCCCCUCCUCACAGACUCCUGAGCCAACGAGUACCUUUGCAGGGCUCUGAACUAAAACCUGCACUUUGGAGGUUUCAGAGGAAAAUAGCUUCAUUCAUAGAUCAAAAAUGAGCUAAUGAUUGUUGUGAAAGGCGUAUUCCCUUUCACCCGUAGAGAGGUAGAAGGUGCAGUUAUGUAGUGGUUCAUCUUGCCUUUCACGUCACUCAUAUCAUCUCAGAGAAAUGAAACUCAUUUCUGAACUUUGCACAGUAACCAUACUCCUGAUCAUCAUUCCUGUGUGUUUUGCUCCUCACAUUUUCAGUGUUGCUGAGUUCUGCUUGGACUGCUGAUGGUUACCAAAUAUGAAGACACUUGCUGCAGCUGAGAACAUUGUAGGACUGAAAUGAAGCAGAUUAAAGAAUCAACAUUUAAGUUAGAAAAUGA